ACUCUCAUCUAGCGCGGCCAACGACUCCGGUGGGGACAGCUAGGGCCGAGCCUGGGAGCAGUCCUCCAUUUUCUGCCCCAAACAAGGGUAGCAAUUCUACCGUUCUCUCAGUACCUCCCAGUAAUCGUACUAUUCUCUCGGCCCUCGCUAGCGAUUCUACUGUUCCCCCAGAACCUGCCAGCAAAUCUACCGUUCUCUCAGUACCUUCCAGUGAUCCUACCAUUCUCUCGGUGCUCGCUAGCGAUUCUACUGUUCUCCCUGCUUCCCCCAGCAAUUCUACCGUUCUCCCAAUCCUCGCUAGCGUUUCUACCGGAAUCCGGGAAUUUCAGAUCCUGUUAGAGGAUAUCUUUGGCAACGAUCUGCCCGAUGUGCUCGAUCCCAAAGAUUCUAUCAUCUUCUCUUUGCGCGAGCUAGAAGCACAUGUCAUCGGGUUUCUCCAAGGAACUACAAAACCCCCCGCCUCUCAGGCAAUCUAGCCAAAUGAUUGCUGCCGGGGAGGCCAUUUCAGCAAUUACCGAAGAGAAGAAGCUCGGUGUGCACGCGCCACCGAAAACAAAAAAGCGCCGUAUAGUAACACCUAGGGCUAUAGCUAGCUUCGCAGAAGAUGGUACAGAUGGAUGCAAGGACAUAAACCCCAUUUCCAUUUAUCCACUAAUGGCAUUGUCGGAAAAGCAAAGGAACCAGCUUGAAAGAGAUAUGAAAGGCACAGCUCGGUUGGAUGAUAUAUUGAAUUUGCCUCCAUCCCGAACACCAAACUUGGCGCGUCUUAAGAAGAACGUACAAUCCAGAACUUCUCCGGCUAAGAAAUGAGCUUGGGGCGGUGAUGGGUUCGAGGCUCCCCCGGUUCGACACACUUUGCGUCCGCCUACUGGUCCAUUGAUAGGUAUUUUACCAACCCUUUCCUAAUCCCAAGUAGGGCAACUUCGUCAGGAGUACAAGUCAAUCUUUAAGCAGGUCAAUGUGGCCACGCAUAUCAAAACCGUCUUUCUGUUGAAUACAUAUGGCGGUUUUGGAAAGGUUGCUUUUACGGUAGCCUUAAGGCCGUAUGAGUCAGAGGGUUGGUUUGCAAACUGCUGGUAUCAGCUAGGAGAGACUCGUAACAAACCCUUGAUUGAAGCGCUAAUGGGAAAAUCGGCCGCUGAAAUUCGGAAGAUAAAGGCUAGUUUCAAGGAUGCUAAAUACCUGAACAGUCUCGAGAAAGUUGGGCGUAAUGAACUCGAAGGGAACAAAUUCCGGAUGGCGGUGUUGAUCCAAAUUGAAGGAGUGAGGAUGGAAGAAAGUGAGGAAAUUAAGAUUGAUAGUGUCAGGAAGGAUGUUAGAAGGUUGGGAGAGGUCAUGAAAAGGAAGGAUGCAAGGGGUGGCGAGAUAAUAAUGAUUGAGAUUCUGGCUGAUAGGAGUGACCGGUGGAUCAAGGAGAUGGCGGAACAGCACAAAGCCACUCACCAAAGGGAUUUGGCGAAGGUUGUUAUGAGGCAUUCUAAAAACCUUGUGGUGCGUAUGACUAAAUUCUCUUAUUCCCUCUUUUUAUGUUUGUUUGCUAAAAGGUGGAUAGGGGAAAACAUUACUCCAUACUAUAAAUGGCAUGGUUGGCCUCUCCGUGACGCGAAAUUUCUCGAGCAAACCAUCACGGCAUUAGUGGAGCAAGGCCGUGGGGAUUUGCUUAUUAGCAGGAUGGUUAGAGUACAUUGGAACCCUUACCAUAUAGACUGUAUUAAGAAGGUCUAUAAGAAGAAAUUU